GGGGAGCCCGGCGGCGGGGGGGGAGUCGUGUGGGUGCUGCGGGGGGACCCCGCGGCCCCCGGGCAUGGAGCCGCAGGUAGGGCUGCGCGGGGAACGUGAGCAGCGGGGGGUGCCGCCCGCGGCCCGGAGCGCCGGGGGAAGGAGCGGGCCGAGCCCCUGACAGGUGUCUCCGCGAAAGGGCCCUUUCGCAGCGUCUCGGAGGCUUUGAGGCUCGGUGUUUGUCGUUAUUGCUGCUGCGAUCUUCAAAGAUGAUGCUGGCAGAGCAAGCCCAGAAGUGGUUCCCGACUCACGUGCAAGUUACGGUCCUUCAAGCUAAAGGGCUGAAGCCAAAAGGUAAAAACGGCAGCAACGAUGCCUACACCAUCAUACAGCUGGGCAAGGAGAAGUACUCCACCUCGGUGGCCGAGAAGACCCUGGAUCCCAUCUGGAAAGAAGAGGCCUCCUUCGAGCUCCCUGGAUUACUCAUGCAGGAGAAUCCAGAAAAAUACAUCUUGUACCUGAUCGUCAUGCACAGGUCGCUGGUGGGGCUGGACAAGUUUUUGGGACAGGUGGCGAUAAGUCUGAAUGAUAUAUUUGAGGACAAGCAAAGAAGGAAAACAGAGUGGUUUCGCCUGGAGUCCAGACAAGGAAAGAGAACUAAAGAUAGAGGAGAAAUAAAGGUCAAUAUUCAGUUUAUGAGGAAUAACAUGACAGCAAGUAUGUUUGAUUUGUCAAUGAAGGACAAAACGAAAUCCCCUUUUGCUAAACUAAAAGACAAAAUGAAGGGUCGAAAAAAUGACGGGACGUUUUCGGAUACAUCCUCUGCAAUCAUCCCAAGUACUCACAUACCUGAUGCAAACAUGGAGGUAUGUAGUGGUGAAGUACAAAUGAAAUCAAAACCAAAAAAGCCUUUCCUUUUGGGACCUCAGCGGUUGUCCUCGGCUCAUUCGAUGUCAGAUUUAACGGGACCGCACGUCUCCUCAGAAAAAGUGAAGUCCAGCACAGUCGGCUACCCUUAUCUUUUCAGGCGUCAGCUGGACUCUUUUGGUUCGGUUGAUGAAGGCGGGAGUCUAAAAUCCCCACACAGAAGGACAUUAAGUGUUGAUACUUCCAAACUGAACCAGCUUGACAGCACAGGUGAUGAAACUGCACUUGAAGCCCAAAAUGACCCAUUUACCAAUGUGAGUGCUUCGUUACCCCAAAAAUUUGCUACAUUGCCAAGACAGAAGAACCCAUUUGAAGAAAGCCCAGCAACAUGGGAUCAAAACAUAAGUCUGUUCUCCAGACCUGUUGACAUCAGAAAAGAAAUUAGAAAAGAGAAAAAAGAGAAAGUUAGUCUUUUUGAAAGAGUGACUGGAAAAAAAGAUAGCAAGAGGUCAGAUAAACUCAGCAAUGGGGGAUCAGAGAGUUCGACUGACUUGAAAUCGCCGAGUGCGUUUGGUGAAACUCAUCAGGAGAGUUUUGAUUGUGAAUCGACUAAUCCGUUUGUGACGAACUUCAAGCCUACAAGCACGUUGCCAUCUUCAAGUUUUAAUACGAAACCUUCCGGCAUUGAGGACCUCAGGAAAACAAUGGAUGGAAAUCCUUUUGACGCCGCUGCAGGAUACCGUAACCUUACGUACGAAGAGGUUUUGCAGGAGCUCAUGAAGCAUAAAGAGCAACUUAAGAAGAAGGACACUCAUAUUCGGGAGCUUGAGGAUUACAUUGAUAAUCUUCUUGUACGAGUGAUGGAAGAAACACCCAGUAUUCUCAGAGUGCCAUAUGAACCUUCUCGAAAAGCUGGCAAGUUUUCCAAAAGUUAAGACACUGAUGCUUGGUGGUGCUUCCUGCUGAAUACGUCAGUGGAAGGAAUUCCCACUUUGACAUUUUGACUUCUCUUCAUUCCUUUUCUCCUAAGAAAUUCCAGGAAUCGAGGGAGAACAGGACUAUGUUGUGGGGGUAUUUUUGUUUGUUUUUUACUCCAAACACUAGCAGAGACUGCCAAAAGUAAUAUUCUGUUAGAUUACCUAAAUAUUUUUCUUUUCUUUUUGAAAACACCUUUAGGUACAGAAUACUUACGGUAGAGUAAAUAAUACACAUUAAAUAUGUCCAUGCAGUUUAUAUAAUAGCUUAGUAUUCACCAUGUGGCAGUUUCAGGUGGGAAGCCUGUGCCGUUAUGAAUGUUUUCUUGAAUGAUUAUUGGUAUUAUGCAAACAUAUCAAUUCUGAUACUACAGCAUGCCAUCGAGACCACUGUUUUCGAGCCAGUGCGGUACACUUUACUAGACCUAAGUGUGCUUUGUCGCAAUGGAAUGUGGUUUGUUCAACACAUAUUAGAGGAAAACAGUGAUGCACAAUCUUUGCGGAGCAAAUGCUGUAUUCUGUAUGAUGUGCUUUUUCUAUAACAAUGUGAAAAAUACCUUGCCGUGUUGGUAAUGGCACAUGCUGGAAUCGGUUAUUUUACACUUAAACGCUGAAUUUUGUGAAUAAUGACUGAACUUUGGUAUUGAGCUCAUGACAUGAGGUUGUUUUGAGGAUCUUUUUGUAUGAGGUUAUUGCAUGCCUUUUUAUAUGUUAAAGUACUUUGAGCAGUGUUAAUAGAAUGGGACUGGAGAAAAGUAUGGAAUAAGUUAUAAAUACUUUGUUCAGUCACAGUCUGCUACAGUGAAAAUGUAGGAGGCAUGAUCAGGCUGACUUAAAUAGAUAUGGUACUUGAGAAAAUGGAGAACUGACUCAAUUUAAGGUUGAGUUUUACAUUAUAUAUAUAUGUCUUAAGUUUUUUAAAUCUUAUGACAACAAAGUAUAUGCCUUUAGAUGUAGGCUACGUUGCUUAAACACAUAGAGUACUUAGAAAGACUUUUCAUUAUAAAAAAGUAAUCUGUAUUUGUUGUAAGGACUUCUAAAAGUCAGUUUUCAUGGAGGCAAAUGAAAGAAGAAUGUAGUAAAUGUCUUCCUGAUCAUUUAAUAAUUGUUUGUAAAAUGACAGAUGAGAAAGGUAUCUAUUAUUCAAUAAAUCGGCAAAAUACAGUGAUGAGCAUAUAAUAGGCAAAUAGUGUAGAAGAAUAAUCCUCACAAUGUUAACAUAAAUAGACUUUAAUUUUCUUUAUAAGAGCCUCAUUUGUAUAGUCUGUUGCUGCAAAACAGUAAGAUGAUAUUAACAAAAAAAAUACAGAGAUUAUUUUUUAUUUGGAUUUAAAAAACCCGACUGUCUUCUCCUCUUCUUUUUCUACACCUGAUCUGUUUUUCUUCUUACAGCACCAUGAAAUGGCUGUUGCUGAGGAGGAGGAAAAGGUUGAAAUUAAAUUCCAAUUUGUUGUUGUUGUUGUUAAAGAUCCAAAUAUGUUUUCAGUUUUAAAACUGUGAAAACUAGUAUUAUCUUGAAUAAUUAUAUUCUGGAAAAGCUGAAAAAGAUCUAUCUGAAUGCUUUUGACAAUGUUAGUAUUGUGUGACAGUACAGAAUUAGUCUUGUUAAAAAUAUUUCUUUGCACAGUUGCUCUAAGAUUUAGUUUACUCUCCUCCUUCUCCUUCUCCUUCUCCUUCUUCUCCUUCUCCUUCUCCUUCUCCUUCUCCUUCUCCUUCUCCUUCUCCUUCUCCUUCUCCUUCUCCUUCUCCUUCUCCUUCUCCUUCUCCUCCUUCUUCUUCUCUUCUCCUUCUCCUUCUCCUCCUCCUCCUUCUCCUUCUCCUUCUCCUUCUCCUUCUCUUCCUCCUCCUCCUUCUCCUCCUCCUUCUCCUUCUCUUCUUCUCUCUUUUAUAAUAUUUCCCUCUUUUUUUAGGAGCUACCUUCAAUCUCCCUAGCACGAUGUCCCUAAAAUUUGUGCAGUUUGAGUGUUCCCAACCCAAGACAGGGAUCCCUUAGCAUAGAUGAUUGUGCCUGGAUGGAGCCGGAAUGGUUCAAGCCCUUCCUCAUCAUAGCGCUCUGUGUUUAGAUGUUCCUAGCCCACAAACGGGCCCACUUCACCAAGUUGUCCCCUUCUGACAACAUAAGGAUUUAUCAAGUUUGGUACCUCGUAAGCCACAUGAAUGUUCUUUUGACCCACUUAAGAUCUAAAUGACUGUAAAUGUGUUGUAAUAUAUUCAAAGUGCCAAAGGUUAUGUCCUAAGUUACGGUACGUUUACUCUUGGAAGUUAAGUUUUGCACUCAAUUAGAUUUUAAUUUCCUAAUUACACCAAGAUGUAUUUCAGUUACUCAGUAUUUCCAUAGAGGUUCUUAAGCAUUUUCAAAUGUUUGGCCGAAGCAAGUGGUUUUCUCAUACUGUCAGUGAGGAAAUGUUGUGCAAUUGUUUUGAAUUCCACAAUCAUUUUCAAACUAACUGGUAUGAGACCAUCUGUAGCAUCUACGAUGAUUAAAUCACACACACCAAUGGGGUUUAACAAGUAAACUAACCAGAGAACAUGCUCCAAUGACUUCUCACUUGCAAGCCAACUUAUAAUUAUUAAAAUGAAACUCUACUAUAUUUAGCACCUCUGAAAUCACUUCUUUUAGAAUGUAAAUGUAGAGUAUCAAACUGCAUAAUUGACUAAAAGCAGAUCAUUUGACAUAUUUGCAUACCAAGAAUGAUAAGCAGAUUAAAGGUAGCGAAAAGAUCAAUUUUUGUGCAUUAAUGAAGAAAUUUAGUGAAGCUUUGAAUGUGCUAUCUAGUCUUUAUCUGAUCUGUAAGUGAAUGAAAGCACCUUUUGUUUCUAACAGUUUAUCAAGAAAGAGGGGAGAAUGACAAAUGCAAUUUAGGAAAAGGUAAAGUUACUAGGAGAGGCAGAAUGGGACAUUUACAACUAUAAAGAUAUUUUUAUAGAGCUCUUAUAGCUAAAGAUAUAGGCUGGUUUUGGAGCAAUUCUGCGAAUAUUACGUGCACAGCAUUUUCCUCUUAUAAAGAAAAUGUUAACAUUUUUCUAUAGUUUGAGGUUAUUUUUGAAAAGCAUCAUCACCCUGCAUCUAUUUUUUGAAACAUGCAGCUUUUGAUUGAAAACAUUUCAUAGAGAAUCAUUUAUAUGUUGAAAACAAAGAAAGUUCUGUUUCUCCCAUAGGAUAGAAUUGUAAACUUUCUUGCAGAUCAUUUUAAAACUAUAGCUUGCCAGUAAUGAUGAGUCUUUCUUGCCCUUUAAAUUGUAGGGAUGAAAACUGUGGACAUCUCCACGUUAUUUUGUUAUGUUUUUUAAUCUUAAAAAUAAGCAUACGAGUUCAUCUAUGCACACACUAUACUUUGAAGUUAUCCUUUGAAAUAUUUCCUCUGCUCAUAGCCAUGUACUUUACUUUAAAGAACAAAUAUUAAGGCCAUACUUUAAUGUUGUAAGUAACAAAUUUAAACUUUCUGCCAUUCAAGAAGGAUGUUUAAUAUUUAUAUAUGUUACCUCUUGCUGCUGUAUUUUACAUUUAGCUGGCUUUUCUCCCUAGGUGAUACAUAACUACAUUUAUUGCUGUUGGCUCUGUAUCAAGAAUUAUUUGUAAUUUUCCAGCUGUCAAACUGUUGCCUUGAAUUUAGAAAGGUUUUGUGAUUGGGGGCCUAAUGAAUCUCGUGCCCAUUAGGUACUAGUCUGCGUUUCUUUCUGUAUGGAAUGUCCUUUCUGAGAUGCGUCUUAAAACAAACAGAACUGCUGUCUUAAUAUGUUUACUGCUGCACUGGAGGUUUAUUUACACUUCCAGCUUUCAAGAAGAAUUAUUGUCGUACAUCAAGUAUGUAAAGUAAGCUCAUACGCUUUUGCUCUUUCUGUAUCCAUUACUGUUGUAGAUAUGAUGGAGGCAUUAGCUGUGGGCUUUUAAAAUGGUGAUUUUUAAAGCAUGUUGACUAACUUCUUCUCUUUGAAGUACAUGGUGAAGGAUUAUAGCGCUGCUGUGUUGAUGAUGCUAGAUUUAAAGGUCUGUCAGCACUUCUCGUAUGAAACCCUAUUUUCAGGGAUUUAUAACUUUUAAAUGUAGUUACAGUUGCUGGAAGUAUUUAAUAUGCAAUAGGUAGCACUUUAAUCUGUUUAUGAAGGGUUUUGAGAAUUGUUUCUGUUGAAAAAGUCAUGGUGGGCAUUUGCUUUAUCUUUUAUAAUUUGUACGCUGAAGAAACCACUGUGCGUUACUAGUGGUAGAGCCAUCCCUGUUCAUCUUAGAAGCUUCCAGAAGUCUUGUAUUACAAUGUGCUAUAAAAAGCUGAAGAUCCAGGUUAUAUAGGAAGUCUGUAGAAGUACGAACAUAUAACUUACAGGUUGAUUUUUGUCUCGUGCAAUCAGUGGUAGUUUGUCUACAUUUAAUAAUGGUACAGAAUCACAACUAUAUGCACAUGUGAGAACUAGAAACUUAGAAUGCAUGAAGAACUUUAUUUUUGUUUCAUUAUUGCAACUUCAGCGCCUUUAAUUUGAUUCAAAUGUUAUCUUAAUAUUUUAAUUUCUGUUCAUUAAAUAAAUAUUGCAUGUCUAACACUAAUAAAGCACCACAAUGCACUACCACAGUA